ACUUUUCUUCCUGUUUUACUUCCGGUACUGAGCUGUUUUUUGGAUAGUUUCCUGGAGGUUGUCUGAUAGCAGAGGAGUCCAUCUGCCUCUACAAGUACAAAGCUACUAUCAAAAUACCUAAGCUCAGGAAUGGCAGCCACCAUGGAGAAGUUAAAAACUUUGGCAUCCUCAACUCCUCUCCGAGGAACAGGUGAUGGCAUGGAAACAGAAGUACCUUUGAAAUCAGAAGUUAAUUCAUCUUGCACUAAGACAGCUCAAAGCCCAAGAAAGAAAACCACUGUAUCACCAUCGCUAAGCCCAGGGGUACUUCAACUGGGAAAAAUUCAAAGUGACAAAGCUGUUGAAAUCGAAGCUAUCCGGAUACUAAUACCAAAAGCAGCCAUAACACAUACAUCAAUGACUAAGAAUUCUAAACACCUAGAAUCAAAUGGACACAGCACAACAGAACUAGCAGAGAGUGUCACUGAUCCCUGGAAACAACUGUCUGAACUUAAAAGCACCCUAGAAAAGUUAAAGAAUUCAGAGAGAAGAUUAUUGCAAGACAAAGAAGGUCUUGCCAACCAGCUUAAAGUUCAGACUGAGGUAAAUCGGGAGUUGAAAAAGUUGCUUGUGGCCUCUGUAGGAGAUGAUUUGCAGUAUCACUUUGAGCGUAUGGCUAGAGAGAAGAACCAGCUUAUCUUAGAAAAUGAGGUUUUGGGCAAGAAUACAGCUCAGCUCUCAGAGCAGCUUGAACGCAUGUCUAUACAGUGUGAUGUGUGGCGCAGCAAGUUCCUUGCAAGUCGAGUAAUGGCGGAUGAACUGACCAACAUGAGGACAAAUCUACAACGACAAAACAGAGAUGCCCAAAGUGCCCUUCAGGAUUUGCUGAGUGAAAGGGAGCGGCUCCGCCAUGAAAUGUCUGAAACACAAAAAACAUUAGAAGAGCUGUUGGACUCUCUGCAGUGGGGAAGACAAAAAAUAUAUGCACCAAUUCCUCAACCUCACACAACUACAGAACUUAUUGCAGCCAACCUCAAACUAGCAAAAGCUAUACAAUCCCACCUGAUUGGAAAUACUGGAUCGGACCACCAAAAACCAGCCGCAAAGCCAAUAGAGUAUUGCAGCACUCCUGCAGAAAAUAUGGCUGAAAUGUUGUUGAAAGUUCUGGAUCCAGUUUCCUGCACCGAUGGUUCACCAGACAUCCCGUUUUCAGAUUCUUCAUCCUUUCUAGUAGCAAAGCAAAAUAUUGGCCGGUUUCACCCAUACACCAGAUAUGAAAAUAUCACAUUCAACUGCUGUGAUCGGUGCAGAGGAGAACUGAUCGCUGUAUAACAGCAUACGAUAGUCGUUGCUCUCCCUUUUUGCAGUUGCAGUAUUCCGCUGCUGUGGGCUUAUACAUGCCAUUCUUAAGAUUCACAGCACAGCAAUAGAUUUAAAUCCAAAGACUUGAUCAAUUAAUAAUAAAAAUAAAUUGUAUUUUAGAUCUAUCAUGUUUUAUAAUAAAUUAUUUGAUAAUGAUUUUGGUGUAAUAGUCAUAAACAUAAACGGUUUACAAAUAGUGCAAUACCCAACACUGGGCAGGUUUAUUUAUUCACUAAUAACUAUGUUUUUCUCUACUUGAGCAUAUUACAGUGUUAAGUGCAAAGCUUGCUUAAGUAUAAAACUGUGGAUUCUGUUACAGCGACAUGUUAAAAAAUAAAAUACACACACAAACAUUCA